GAAUUGGCAAUAAUUAUCAAAUAUAGUAAAAUAUCAAUACUGUGAUAUGAAUUAUGCAGAGCUACAAAACAAGUUCAAAAAUGAAGAAUUCAGGAAUUGCGAUCAUACUCAGUUAUACAAAGAACUGCUCAAUGAAUUAAUUGUUGUUGAUCAAUCCAAAGAAGAAGACCAAUUGAUUUUGUUGGAUAUUCUCAGAAUUUUGCGUAACAGCUGCAUUGAAUGCCAGCAAAAUCAGAAUAUUGUUAUGAAGAUGAAUAUGCCUGAAACUGUAUCAAAAAUGGUAUACAAUCUCAAUCAAAAUGAUAAAUAUAUUGAUAAACUUUAUACUUGUGCUUUUCAAUUUUUUGGAAAUUUUGUAGCUGGAAAUUUAGAGACACAAAAGUAUUUCUGGAAUAUUGUAUUUCCUGACUUUUUCAUCAAAUUUUUGUGUGAGAAUCAAGAAAGAGAAAAUUGUACUGAAAUUUGUAUUAUGAUUUUGUAUAACUGUCUUUUGAAGAACAAAAUUCAUCAGGAUGAUUUAUUUUCAAACCCAGAAGGAGAGAGGAUUGUUUUAGCCAUCUGUAAUAUGGUAUCUCAAACUGAAUUAUGCAGUUGGGUUUAUUUGUGUGUCACGAACAUUUUCUUCAAUCACCCAAUGUUUUUGCCUCUGUUAUUUUCAAAAUCAUCUGACAAAAUUCAACUCAUCGUUCUACAACUUUACUGUGAUUCAAGAGAGGAGGAAAACGAUGCAAAUACUACUGACUCUAACAGAUCUAAUAUCAUGGUGCUCUCUGAACAAUUUCUAAUAAUGUAUGAAGUUUUGUGUGAGGGACAUUCCUCAAGUAACAUUGAAUUUUCAGCUGUAUUACUUGAUACACUAUGUUGGGUUACAGCUAUAUCUGGAUCUUGGAAUGAUGAGAUUGAUGCUUCAAAGCUAAUACAUUCACUUAUUGACCUAUUAAAAGGUUUAAAUUUAGUUGGUAAAAAUGGCAAAUCUAAUAUUACUGAUAUGCCAGCUACCAAACGUAGCGGUUUAAUUCAAAUUAGCGAUCACGCUAUGCCUUUUAAACGGAGUUUAGUUAGAUUGUUGGGAAAUUUAUGUUAUCGAAACUCCAAACUUCAGGAUGAUAUUCGAGAAUUAGGUGGGAUUCCAUUGAUUCUUGAAUGCUGUAAUAUUGAUGAUAACAACCCUUUUAUGCAACAGUGGGCAUUAUUUGCGAUUCGUAACCUUUGUGAAAAUAAUGCUGCAAAUCAGACAGAAAUUAAAAAACUUGAAAAAUUAGGUAUGGCAGACAGUCCUGUCUUGAGAGAUAUGGGUAUUGCUGCUGUGCAAGAUAAGGAUGGAAACUUACGCUUGGAACAACAAAAGUGAAUUUUUUUUUCUGUAACACGCUGACGGAUAAUGAACGCCAUUUAAAUUUGAGCACAGGUGGAAAUUGAAAAAAAAAAAUAGUUUUUGAGGAUUUUCCAUAUGGGGAUUCUCCACUGACAAUAAACGGAUGAAAUAAAUUUUUUACUUAGUUUUCCUUUUUUUGGAUACGGUAUAUCUUUGCAUCAGCCCAAUUUGUUUGCCUUUCA